AUGCCGUCCACACAGCGGGAAAGCUUCUGUCAACGCCUCCCACACCACCUGGGCUCCCAGAGCCCAGGGGCAGUAGACCCGCAGCUGGACAGAAGCCACGGCCUUCAGCCAGAGGUUGAGGCCAAGAGAAGGGGUCUUCCUGAACGGCUGGUCAACAAGAAGCUGGACGACGGCCUGAAGAGGGGGAGCUGUGAGCAGAGGGUGGGCACUGCCAUCCCCGCCUGGCUCUGCCCCCUCGACACCGUUCUGGCAAUUCACCGAAGCCAAACUACCCUCGGCGGUGGCCGGACCCGGGCGCGCGUGUUCUUCUUAACCUCCAGCGCGCGCGGCCAGCGGCUCCGACCACAGGCCCCAGCCGCGGUGAGCGCGCGCACACCGGACCCCCCCCCACCCCGCAACUCGCGGGGACGCACGUGGUCGCCGCGCCGGCCACGGCCGCUCCAAGGACCGGACUCGCGCGCCGGUCGCGGGCUGCGCCCUGGGGCGUCCAGAGCCCUUCGCUCCCCACCCCCAGCCCCAAGCGGUCGCCUGGGCCCUGGUCCCACCUCCGCGCGUCCCGUGCAGCCGCCCACCGUGUCCCCCCGGCCCGGCUGCGCUCCAAACCGCAUGUCCUGCGAUGACCCUUCGGGCUCGGCGCUUCACGCGCUCCCCUCCCGUGCCUCGGAAGCAAACGGCCGUCCGCCCCUCGCCUCCCGCGGGGACCCCCAGCGGGCGCCCCCCGACCAGCCCCGCGCUGGGCCCGCCCUCCUAGCCCCGCGCCGCGCCGGUGCUCACCGGCCUGGGCGGCGGCCGCGUCCUACCUUCGUCCGGCAGCCGCUGCAGGCAGAACGCGAGGUUCCUCCGCCAGCCCCGCAUCCCGGCGGCCGCCCUGCGGCCCGGCCCGGCCUCUCCAGCCCGGCCCCGCCCCCGCCGGGCCCGGCGGCGCAGCGCAGCGCUGGGGAGGGCCGUGCGCCCAGGGCGCGGCGGGCAUGGGCGGCCGCCGAGGGUCGAGGGGCCCGGGCGGCCGCCAAGCGCUCGGCUCGGCUCCGGAGCCAGCCGCUGAGCAGAGGCGCCCCGAGAGCGCGCGCUUUCCCGGGCGCGGGGGCGCGGCGGCCGGGGCCGGCGGGGGCGGCGCGGAGCGCGGCCGGAGGGGCCCCCGCAGCGGCCUGA